AUGUGGAGUGCUGGUUUAGGGUUCCGCCCACCGACUUCUCUGAUCGCAGGGCAACAGGCAGAGUGUAAAAUGGCGCACAGCUGUCGGUGGCGGUUCCCCGCUCGGCCCGGAGGGAGCAGCAACUCCGGUACCGGGAGGAGAGCGGGCCGGGUGAGGGUCACUGCAUCCCUCAGGAGUGCCUCGGAGACCCACCAGCCGACCACUGGGCUCGGACCCGGGUUUGAUGCAGCGCUCCAGGUCUCCUCUGUGAUCGGUACCAACCUGCAGACAUUUCGGGAUGUUUUGGGAGAAUCGAGUGACACGAGCAGCGGGGAGGAAGAACCGUUUUGUGGAUUUGGAACAGUCCCUGAACACACAAGAAUACAGAGCCCUACAGGCACCUCAACAGGUGCGCUCCCGCAGGAGAAGAAGCCCAGAGGUCGCCCCCCACGGUCCCUGACUGCCCAGAAAGCCACAGCAUCUUUGAGCUCCCCCUCGUCCCCCAGCUCCCCGGCGCCGGGGAAGCCGGACCGGGCCCCCGAGCGGUCAGCUGACCGGGUCAAACGGCUCCCCGGGAGGCCCCCGGGAUCCGGGUCGGGGGAGAAGAGGAGAGGCCGCCCCCCGUCCUCCAACAGCCAGAGGGCCUGGCACGCCGGCGGCCAUGCGGCGGCGGGGGAGGACGGCGGGCCGGCGCCGGCCGCGGAGACGCAGGAGGAGAAGGACAGGAAGUCGUCGGCCCGACGAGCGCUGUUGGGCGGCGCCCAUCCGCGGGACCCUGAGACCAAGCUGCCCCCCAAAGUGGCCCGCGGCGAAUCCAAAGUCACCAAGCUCAAGCGGCUGAGGGAAGUGAAGCUCAGCCCGCUCAAGUCGCGCCUCAAAGCGCUACCGGGCGUUCCCCGGCGCCGCCGCGGCCGCCCGCCCUCCGCCGAGCGGCUCAAGGCGGAGGCGGAGGCGGCGGCGGCCCGGCUCUCGGGCGGCGUGCCUCACCCCGGGGCCUUCCACGGCGGCCCGGACCAGCAGGCGGAGGGCUACCCCGAGCACAGAGACUCCUCCCCGCCGCCCUCCAAGCUGGGCAGACCCCUGGGGCUCAGACAAAGCCCCCGGCACGUCAAGCCAGUCAGGAUGGCGUCGUCCAAGCGCACCGACGCCACCAUCGCCAAGCAGCUGCUGCAGCGGGCCAAGAAAGGGGCGCAGAAGAAGAAGCUCCUGGAGAAGGAGGCCGUGGCCAUCGGGGGCCCGGGUGCCGGCGCGGCGGACGCCGGCAUCAGGAGGCGGAGGAGGACCCAGCUCAAGAACAUCAGGCAGUUCAUCAUGCCCGUGGUGAGCACGGUCUCACUGCGCAUCAUCAAAACCCCAAAGCGCUUCAUCGAAGACGAGGGCAGCUUCGGGACCCCUCCGCACCACAUGAAGAUGGCGCGGCUAGAGACGCCCCCCAUGUCCGUCUCCACGCCCCCCCAGCUCACCUCGGCCUCUUCCUCGUCCCCCUCUCCUGUCCUGGUGUCCUCUACAGCCGCCGCCGCUGCCGCCGCUUCUGGUACCGGGCCCGCCGCCCCGGCGGACUCCCUGCCUCCCCCCCCUCCCCCGGCCCCAGACCCCAGCAUCGCGUCCCCCGCCGGCGGCCUGCUCAACAACAGCGCCAACAGCACAGCCAACGGACGCUUCAGCAGCAGCGCGGCCUCCUGCGGCUCCAGUGCCCUGUCGCAGCACUCCUCCCAGCUCUCCUCCGCCGAGUCUUCCAGAUCGAGCAGCCCUAGCCUGGACGACUCCUCCUGCGACUCCCAGGCUUCGGAAGCCACGCAGGCCCCGUCGGAGACGGAUGAGCCCUUCCCAUCCUCCCAGGGCGAGAUGGAGGACAGUUUGCUGCACAGCUCAAGGCCGUCCUCCCCCUCUUCGGAGCGGGAACACGUGGUCGUUGAGCGGGACCGGGGCGUCCGCAGGGCUCAGGGAGUGAGCCGGCCAGGUCUGGGUCCGAGGGGGAGAGGGACGCUGACGACCGGGGCCAAGAAGCCCAUUAUAAGCCCAGCGACGGGGGUGUUGAUGUCCUCCUCCGCCCUCGGUGGCCCUCAGCAAGCGUCCUCCACGGCCUCCUCCUCUUCCUCUCCCCCACCCCCUCCCCUUCUCAUCCCCCCGCAGCCCCCCCAGUCGGCCUCCUCCGCCGCCUCGGCCAUCAGCGACCACCACGCCCAGUCCCCCUGGGUGAUGCCUCACCCCGUCACCCCCUUCCUGCCCGGGCCCUCUGUGCUCUCCAGGUCGCAGGACAAACGCAUCUGCUCCAUCCUGAGGCAGCCCACCUUCCGUUGGACGUCGCAGCCCCGCAACGAGCAGCAGUGCUUCUCCUCCGCUAAGUACGCCAAGGAGGGCCUCAUCCGCAAGCCCGUGUUCGACAACUUCCGCCCGGCCCCCCUCACGGCGCAAGACGUGGGGCUGAUGCCCCAAGGUGGGGGCGGGGGAGCCGCCCAGGUGCAGUUCCAGGCGCCGGGCGGCGGCGCCCCGGCGGGAACCCGUCUGUUCACCCCCUUGCACCACCCCGCGUCGCACCAGCACCCGUCCUCGUCCCGGUUCGAAGCCCCGCUCCAGAAGCGCAGCCCGCUGCUGCGCGCCCCGCGCUUCACCCCGAGCGAGGCCCACUCGCGCAUCUUCGAGUCGGUCACGCUGCAGCCCUCCUCCGGGAGCAGCCCCGGCUCCCUCUCCCCUCACCAGUCUUCUCAUAGCUCCGGAAGAGCCUUACGACGCAAGAGGAGGCGGGCCUUGGGCAUGCUCCACGCCCACGCCCGGUCUCCCUCCCAUUCCAUGACCCGGCGCAGCAGCCAAAUGGGCCAUGUCCCGCGGGGGAAGGGCUCCUCUGAGCGCUCCGCGUUGUCAUGCUCGGUCUCCAGCAGUAACCCCGGCUCGUUGCCGGGGGCGUCGGCCGGUCCACUAGCCACUAGUGCCUUAACUCCUGCUUUCAGCCCCUUCUCCGCUCCGCCUCUGGCCAUCGCCGCACAGGGGGCCCGAGAUUGCCGAAGAGGAGUCACGGAGCAACCGGUCUCUUCGUCCUCCACGUCCUCCUCCGGCACUUCCCAACUCUUCCCCCUCUUCCCCUCCAGUGGCCAGGAGACGGGCCGGGGGGCCGGGAAGGGAGAGAGACGCGAGAGAAGCCUGCCGCCCUCUCAGGAAUCCGCUCCGAAGGAGAAGGAUUUGGACAGGAGCAGAGAAAGGGAGAAGGAGAACAAGAGGGAGGGGAAACGGGAUUGGGGGGAGAAGAAGGGCGGGAAGGUUCCCGCCCCCGACGCGUCCCCGAAUGUAGCUUCCAGCCUCUUCAUCGUCGAUGGGAGGGAGACCGAUGAGGGGGCGUCCCUGGUGCCUAAGAAGGCCCCCGGGAGGAAGAAGUCCACGCUGUCCGAUGUGGCUCCCGAGCCCGCUCCUUCGGAGAGGCCCAUGCUCCCCUCGGCCGCUACGCAGUAUUCCGCCAAGGGACGCCUGCAUAAGAAGGGCAGACCUUCAGACAGGGAGGCGGAGCCGGCGGAGGAGGAGAAGGAGAUGGAGAAACCAAGUGCCGUAAGCCAGCCGUCAGCAGGCCUUCCCGGGCAGCCGGGGCGCCCACAGCACCCAGCCCCCUCAUUGGUCUCCAUGCUGGCCCAGGCUGAGAAACAACCUGUGACGGACAAGCAGGUGGUGGGCCUGCUAAAGAAGGCCAAGGCCCAGCUCUUCAAGAUAGAGAAGAGCAAGGCGCUCAAGGCUCCGGACCAGCCUAAGAUCCAGAGCCAGGAGAGCGACUCGUCGGAGGCAUCGGUCCGCGGCCCACGCAUCAAGCACGUCUGUCGUCGGGCCGCCGUGGCCCUGGGUCGCAACCGGGCAGUGUUCCCUGACGACAUGCCCACACUCAGUGCCUUGCCCUGGGAGGAGCGGGAGAAGAUCUUGUCUUCCAUGGGGAACGAUGACAAGUCAUCGGUGGCGGGCUCUGAGGAGGCGGAGCCUCAAUCCCCUCCCCUGAAGCCCAGGGAGACGCGGGUGAAGACCCCCCAGGAUGCCCCUCCGAAGAAGGGCCGGAGGUCGCGGCGCUGUGGCCAGUGCUCGGGCUGUCAGGUUCCGGAGGAUUGUGGCGUCUGCACCAACUGUCUGGACAAGCCCAAGUUCGGAGGUCGAAACAUUAAAAAGCAAUGCUGCAAGGUGCGGAAAUGUCAGAACUUGCAGUGGAUGCCCUCGAAAAUGUUCAUCCAGAAGCAGGGAAAGAGCAAGAAGGACAAGAAGAAGAACAGGCUGUCGGAGAAGAAGGAAGGCCUUAAUCCCGUCAAGGGCGUGGGCUCGGAGCCCGGGCUCAAGCCUCCACAAGCUGCACAAACCAAGGAGGAGCCUCCACGCAGAAAGAGCGAAACUCCUCCCCCGAAGCCAGGCGAGGAGAAGUUGAGACCGCUUCAGUUCUCCCCUGUGGCCACGUCGUCCAGCCCUUCAGAGGAAGCCCCUCCGCCCCCUAGCGCAUCCCAGCCCCAAUCUGUGGCCAUCACCCCCACCCUGUCGCCCGACUCCAAGCAGUCCUCCAAGACCGGCAGUGUCACUAGCCGGAAGGGACACAAACAGCAGCAGUCGCUCUCCUCGUCGUCGUCGUCCUCCUCUUCCUCUUCGACUUCUUCGUCAUCGUCUUCAUCUUCCUCCUCCUCGUCCUCUUCGGCCCAAAACUCUCCCUCCCCGUCGACACAAUCCCAGCAGCAGCAGGAGCUGCAGCAGCUGCCACAGGCCUCAGCCAAUCAGGCACCUCCAAAGAAAGAUGCCCCGUCCAAAAUUCCGCUGAGUGACUCAAAGAAGCCCCUGCAGCAGCAGCAGCCGUCACAACAGCAGUAUUCAUCUGCUGCAACUACUACAGCCCAUGAGUUGAAACAGCCAAAAAGGUUCACUCCUGUCUCUUUUCCACCACCCUGUAAACAAAGCCCAAAAGACAAGGAGCAGCCGCUGGUCGCUAAACCCCCCAGUAGCAGUACUUUAAACUGGCUGAGCACUCCCUCGACCAGCGGCCAGGCCAAGUCUGUAGCGCCCUUCGACGGAGUGCAUCGCAUCAGAGUGGAUUUCAAGAGGGACCAUGACGUGGAGAAGGUGUGGGAGGCUGGCGGCCUCAGCCUGCUGACUUCUGUGCCUGUCACACCUAGGGUGCUUUGCUUCCUGUGUGCCAGCAGCGGCAAUGUGGAGUUUGUGUUCUGCCAGGUAUGCUGCGAACCCUUCCAUCUCUUUUGCCUGGGGGAGAAAGAGCGUCCCCUUAAGGAGCAGUGGGAGAACUGGUGCUGUCGGCGCUGCCGCUUCUGCCAGGUGUGCGGACGGCAGCCUCACAAGUCCAAGCAGCAGCAGCUGCUGGAGUGCGACGAGUGCCGUAACAGCUAUCACCCUGACUGCCUGGACCCCCGGCACCCCACCAAGCCCACCAAGAAGAAGAGAGUCUGGGUGUGCACCAAGUGUGUGCACUGCAAGAGCUGCGGCGCCACCAAACCAGGGAAGUCCUUCGAUGCCCAGUGGUCACAUGACUUCUCCAUGUGCCAUGACUGUGCCAAGCUCUUUGCUAAAGGGAACUUCUGUCCACUGUGUGACAAGUGCUACGACGACGACGACUACGACAGCAAGAUGAUGCAGUGCGCCCGCUGCGAGCACUGGGUCCACGCCAAGUGCGAGAACCUCACAGACGAGCUGUACGAGCUGGUGUCCAAGCUGCCGGAGAGCCUGCCGUACACCUGCUCCACCUGCUGCAAGGAGCGCCAGCCGGCGGCGUGGAGGACGGCCCUGGAGGAGAAGCUGCAGGGCUGCGUGCGCCACGUCCUGACGGCGCUGCUCAACUCACGCACGUCCACACACGUGCUGCGCUACAGACAAGCGGCGAAGCCUCCGGAGUUGAACCCGGAGACGGAGGAGAGCCUCCCGUCCCGGCGCUCCCCCGAGGGUCCUGACCCCCCGGUCCUGACCGAGGCGACACCCUCCGUCCCCAGCGACUCCCCUCCGGACCUGGAGUCUGUGGAGAGGAAACUGGACCAGGGCCGCUACAAGUCAGUGCUGGAGUUCAGCGAUGACAUUGUGAGAGUCCUCCAGGCAGCUAUGAACAGUGAUGGCGGACAGCCAGAGAGCCGCAAGGCCAACAGUAUGGUCAAGUCCUUCUUCAUCCAGCAAAUGGAACGAGUCUUCCCAUGGUUUAAAGUCAAGGAGUCCAGCUUCUGGGAAGCACAGAAAGUCUCUGCCAACGGAGGCCUCCUCCCCAACGCCGUGCUGCCUCCGUCCCUGGACCAUAACUACGCCCAGUGGCAGGAGCGAGAGGGCCUCUCCCUCUUCGAGCACCCUCUCCUCAGCAAGAAGAUCAUUCCAGCCCCUCGCCCCAGGACCCCCGGAGAGCCGGACUCCCCCACGUCCACCGCACCACUGCCCCUAUCCCUACCCCCGCCACCUCCGCUGCUCCCCGACCGCGACGAGGGCCCGGAGCGCCCACCCCCCCUGGGCGUCAGCGAUAACCGCCUGUGCAUUCUGUGUCUCAAGUACGGGGACGAAAACACCAAUGAGGGGGGCAGGCUGCUGUACAUCGGGCAGAACGAGUGGACACACGUCAACUGCGCCCUGUGGUCCGCCGAGGUCUUUGAGGACGACGACGGCUCCCUGAAGAACGUCCACAUGGCUGUCCUCCGAGGGAAACACCUGCGCUGUGAGAAGUGUCAGCGGCCAGGAGCCACGGUGGGCUGCUGCCUGACCUCGUGCUCCAGCUAUUACCACUUCAUGUGUGCACGUCAGUGUCACUGUGUCUUCCUGGAGGACAAGAAGGUCUACUGCCCCAGGCACAGGGACCUCAUCAAGGGCGAGGUGGUGUCAGGUUUUGAGGUGACACGCAGGAUCCUUGUGGACUUGGAGGGGAUUAGUCUGAGGAGGAAGUGGCUGGCGGGCCUGGAGCCUGAGAAUGUCCACAUGAUGAUCGGCUCCAUGACCAUCGAGUGCCUGGGGAUACUUACUGAAUUUUCAGACUGCAAGCGCAAGCUCUUCCCCAUUGAGUACCAGUGUUCGAGAGUGUAUUGGAGCACUCUGGAUGCUCGGAAGCGUUGCGUGUAUACCUGUAGGAUCCUUGUAUGUCGCCCCCCGGUGGCAGAGUCUGCGUUCAAAAGCAUGAUGGCUCCUGGAGACAACCGCACUAUAGCUCACUGCCCACCUUCAUCCUCAGACUUUCCAGAUCCAUUUGACUCGCCAAGGCGCUCAGAGGCCCUUUCCCCAACGAACACUCCCAAACUCAGAGUUUAUACCAGGAACAGACACCCCAGCUACCCCCCUUGCCAGCGUUCACCAUGCCCCAAACCCAUGUCCAGUCCAGAUUCUGCUCGGUGCCAAAGCAGAGAGCCCCUACCGAGCUCUGGCGUGCAAAACAUGGGCUCGCGGAGACACAGCACCCCUUCCCUCUCUCCUCCAGCCAACAGACAGAGAGGGGUGACCUCCCCUCCAACACCCCCGUCACGACCCCUCACCUCACCCCCUCCACUCAUACCCUCACCUGCCAGAGACCCAGAGAAGAUCAGAAGCUCCGGUAAGGAUUCCACCUUGAGGGAAGGGGAGAGGACUCGAAUGUACUCCACAGAACGAACCAGACCACCGCCACCACCACCACCAACCCCACAAUCACAAUCAUCUUCAAGAGAUCCAGGCGCCAGGGACAUGGACAAGGUCAGAAGCUCAUGCCGGGAACAGACCUCAAAGGACUCUGACAAGUACAGAAUUCCUAGAGACAUGGGCCAGAAUGAUGCUGAUAAGGGAAGGCUGACCUCCAAAGAGCCAGACAAAGGGAGUCCACUAAACAAAGACACUGGGCUGAAGGAGACGGAGAGGGGACGAGUCCUUGGUAGAGAGCCGAGCCUCAGAGACUCUGAGAAGGGAAGAGGGGCCAGCAAAGAUCCCAGCAGUAAAGACGCAGACGAGGACAAGCCCAUUUCCACAGAUCAAAGCUAUAGGGACACUGAAAGAAACAAGUCAAGCAGAGAUUCAGGGCUCAGGGACCCUGACAAGCAUAAACGAUAUGGCAGGGAUACAGAAAGAGUCAAGGACCCAGGCCAAGAGAAAAGCAGACCUUCCAGUCGAGACUCUGAAAGGGGUAGACCGCCCUCAAGAGACUCCCCCAACUACAGAAGCACAGAGAGAAGCAAAGUACCGGUGAAAGAUGGAAGAAGCAGCAGUCAGUCUAAAGUUGGAGGGGAAAUUAGGGGCGCCAGGCUGACUCCUGCUGGUACAGGCCAGUCCUCUCCUCCAGUUGGGACCGCUGUUCUCACAGGACAACAAAAGGGUUGUAACCUCAAGACUGCAGACAAGCAGGGCAAACCUGUUGGCACAUUUAUCAGCAACAGCAACCAGCCUCGGGACAAGCUCAUGACGGGGAAGGAAACGGGAGUCGGGACCGGGCCUUCCAUACCGACCCCUCUGUACAAUGAUUCUGCUUUGGGAAAAUCUGGCUCCCCACAGCCAGCCCUGCAGAAGGGUGGGACACGGAAGUCACAAGACUACUCUUCAGGGCCUGCCCCCACUGCAGCAAUGAAACCACUGUGGUCUUCUAGGUCUCCGGUGGAGGAGGACAUCAGCCAACGUGGCCCCUCCCACAUCGUGGCCCCAGCUUCCAAAGACAAGAACUCAAAAGGUAGAACGUCGGGGAGCAAAGAGGUGUUCCAGGAUCAUGACCGUGAGAAGGCUCUGCCCAUUGGUAACAACAAAGCCUCACCCCUGAAUCAUAAUUCUAAAACUACCACAAGCACUGUAAACAACACGCCCGCACAAACCCCAAGCCCUUGCAACAGCAGUAGCAGCAAAGCUCCAACCCUGGGAAACAGUGCCAAGGUCCAUGGUAAGGUUGAGGAGGAGAUGGAGGGCCAUGGAGUAGACCGAUCCUCAAAGAGCAGGGAGGGCUUCCCUUCUGAUCGUAAGAACAGUCCCACCGUGGAGAGCCUACAACAGCCACAGGCCAGUUUAUCUGCAGAGAGGGGGGUGAAGACCUUUACCCCAUGUUACUCAAAAACGACAGGCAACCAGCUUUCAUUGUCAUCCAGGGACAAAAAAAGACCACCCAAAGCGCCCCAUUCAACCCCACUCAAGACCGACGUCAACACCGACCCUAACGGAACCAGUGCUAGCAGCACCGCCUCCUGCUGCUCCACCACCAACACCACCUCCACCAUCUCUUCCUCGGGCCCGGCCGCCCGCCACUCCCCCCGCUCGGCCGUCUUCUCCUCUGCGUCCGCCAGCAGCAGCGACGGCUCAGAGUCCGACUCCCAGACCCAGCCGGAGGACGGGGAGCGCCGCAAAGAGCUCGCCGACCUCCGCCACCACCAUCACCUCCACCACCACCGUCACCACGGCCUCCUGCCGCACGGCCCUGAGGACGAGGGGCAUGGGCCGGAGGACGACGACCCGGAGGGCCGGGGCCUCGACGACAAGCACCACGAGGACGACAGCGACGGCUCGGGCUCGGCCAAGCGCCGCUACCCUCGCCGCAGCGCCCGCGCACGCUCAAACAUGUUCUUCGGCCUCACGCCGUUCUACGGCGUCCGCUCGUACGGCGAGGAGGACCUCCCGUUCUACGGCAGCGCAGACGGGGCGGGGCCGGUGGGCGUGGCCAAGAGGAGGAGCGGGGGCAGCCGGAGGUCCGCCGAGGGACAGGUGGACGGAGCAGACGACAGGAGCACCACCUCCUCCUCGGGGGAGAGCGGGGAUGAAGAGGAAGGUAUGAUGAAGCACCGGGACAAGGACGCGUACUACUACAACUUCACCCGGACCAUCAUAAACCCCAGCGGGGGCUUGCCUUCGAUCGAGGGGCUGGACCGCUGUCUGGGAAGGAGCUCCCAGCUGCAGAGGUUCCUGAAGGAUGAGGAGGAACUGCAGGCACAAGACAACUCCGGAGACGACGCACUGAGUCAAAUAAGCUUGAGCAAGCAGCAAAUCGGUCAGCUGGACGGAGUGGACGACGGCUCAGAGAGCGACGCCAGCACCUGUCCCACCACCACCGCCACAACCACCACCGCCACAACCACCUCAGCCACUUCCAGCUCGCACAGAAACACUGGCAAAAGAAAGGGCCGCGAGAGGCAUGCUGAGAAACUGGAGUCCCAUGACACAAGCAAGGAGGCGGACAACGGUGGAGCAGCAGCAGCAGCAGCAGCAGCAGCAGCAGGGGGUGGAGGUGGAGGUGGAGGAGGAGGAGGAGGUGGAAGCAACAACAGGGAGGGCAGAAAGAAUCAGAAAGAUAAUAGUCUUCCUCUUGGAGGUGGGGUCAAAUCCCAAAGCCAGGGUCAAGAUCCCCUUGACAACCAGCUUUCCCUUAGCACUGAGCUCCUCAAGUCAGAUUCCGACAACAAUAACAGCGACGACUGUGGCAACAUCCUGCCGUCCGACAUCAUGGAGUUUGUCCUCAACACUCCCUCCAUGUCCAUGCAGGCUUUGGGCCAACAACCCGAGCCCUCCUCCUCAGAGCUCUUAGGCUACGUCGACGUUGACGUAAAUCGGCGCAAGGACAUCCUGUUCGAUGACUUCUCCCAGCCUCUCGCCAGCGGUGACGGUGGCAGCGCCGUUGAGAGCGGUGUGAGCAGCUCAAUAUCUGUAGAAGAGCCCUACGGUCUUCCUCUGGCGUUACCCUCCGACCUCUCUGUCCUGACCACCCGCCCCUCUGUCAGCAGCGGCCAAAACCACACCGCUGGAAGUCUCAUCUCAGAAACCGCAGACCGCACAAUGCUGGGCUUGGCUGCCGACCCAGAAGCCAUUAGUGGGGAGAAGAGUGCUGAGAAGAAGAGAAAGGGGUCCAGUGUGUCGCCAUCGCAGAACCAGCAUGACGGCAAAGCGCUGUCCACGAGGGAUACUCCGCUGGCAGAAGAGCACGACACUCCUGAACAGUUCAUUCCCAGCCCUGCUCUUGGCCAAGUGGUGGAGUCCCCGGGGACCCAGGACCUAGCUAGAAACUCUGCUACCCCGGGUCUACCUAGCUCCCCCUCUUUGCCUCAUCAAGGCCAGACAUACAUCACUGCCUCCUCCUCGGCUUCAGCGGGCAGCCCUGGCCCGAUCCACGGCCCAGGCCCUUCCCAGGCUCAGGUGGCCGGUCCAGCCGUCCUUAAACAAGGCCCUGAAAAGCUAAUCUUGGUCAACCAACAGUUCCAGCCGCUAUACGUUCUCCAGACUCUUCCAAAUGGUGUCCCCCAAAAGAUCAGUGCCACGGGAGUGAUGGACACCAGCACCUCCGCAGUAUUGAGCUCAAUGACCCUAACCACUGGGCUUAAUACUGGGCUUUCCUCAGCUUCUACAAUCUUCCCGGCAGGGGGAAAAGUCUUGGGCACCAUGUCCCACCACCCACAGAUCCACACCUUCACAGGAACGCAGACAGGCUUUCAGACUGGCAUCCCCAGCACAACCUCAGGGCUCCUCAUUGGAGUGUCAUCCAAGCCCCACGACCAGUCCCAGAUUCUUGUGUCAGACGCUGGCCGGCCUCGUGAAUUGGGUCCUUUAGUGUCUAGCCCCUCUUCCAUGGCCUCUUCCCCAGCUUUGUUGGCCUCUGCACAUGGCAAGAAGCGACCGAUUUCCCGUCUGCAGCCAAGAAAGACCAAAAAGCUAGCUCGGUCCCGCGGUCAGCCAACUCUGGCACCAUCUGAAGUGGGCACUCCAAACAUGACCCUUAUCAACCUGUCCGGCUCUCAAAUCACUGCUGGCAUUCCUGGUCCACCCGGAGGACUAGUUGAGUUCACCACCUCCCAACGCAAGGUCCCCAACAUCAUCAAGAGGCCCAAACAAGGCGGGGUUAUGUACUUUGAGCCUAUCCUUCAGCACAGAAUGCCCAUUUCUGCUGGUGGCCAGGCUGGUAUGCGUCAUGACUCCACUCACCUCUUGCCCUGCACAGUCUCUAGUCUUAACUCCAAUCAGUCUGUGUUAAAUGUUGUGUCGGUUGCUCCCAGUGGAGCGACUGGCCUUAUCGCUCCAGGAUCUGUGUCUCUCACGACCCCGGUCCUCGGUGCCACCGAGCUCACCGGGUCGAUCGGCAACCUCCUCUUUAAGGCCGGGCCCCACGGCCUGGGCUUGUCUGAUCAGCCCAUGGUGCUUCAGCCAGCAGGAGGAACCCCCCUGAUGUCCCACAUGGGCUCCACUGUCCAGACCUGCAUUGCCAGUAGCAUCUGUGUCCUGCCCACCCCGCAGACGUUCAGCAUGGCCGUCACACAACCGGGGGAGAAGGACAGCGUUGUCGGUCAGCUGCAGCACCUACACCGUCUACCCCACCACAGAGCCCAGACCAUGGAGACCAGUCAGAACACCGGCACCCUAGCCUGUGUGACCCGAGCCCCGGGACAAGUCACCACAGUGGGGUCAUCUAAGGGCAUGGUCGGGGUGUUCACUCACACCAAGGCUCCCGGACACUCUCCGGGCUCCAGAUCUACUACCAUGGAACAAAUUCAGCGCUCCAACGCUGUUGCAUCGUCCACACUCAACGUCUGUGGAGCGGGGAAAGGCAAGCAGAAGGCCAAGAGAAGCAGGCAGAGCCCCGACAAAUCUAGUGGGAAGAAACUCAAGACCUUGCAGAAGAAGGAGCCGUACAACAACCCCGAAAGACGACCAUCCGCAAACCUGGGAUCCAGAGAGUUUAGUUCAUCUGGGCCUAUGGACACGGCAACACCCACAGAAAAGCCACCCAACAAGAGUGUCCCCGAUCCAAAGUCUUCUGAAACAUGUGCCCUGACGGGGAGAGCCGUGGAGAAGGACAAGGCCCCGGGGGGGGGCUCUGGGGCCCCGGGCCCCCCCCUGGUGGCCUCGCUGCCAGAGCAGGAAGGCGAUGCAGAGGACUCUGUCCUAGACAGUAAGCCUAAGAAGGGCAUCAUCUUUGAAAUCCGCAGUGAGGACGGCUUCCACAUCCGCUGUGAGAGUAUCGAAGAGGCUUGGAAAUCCCUGACUGAUAAAGUACAGCAAGCUCGCUCCGACGCCCGACUCAAAGAGCUGUCUUUCGAAGGCGUCAACGGUCUGAGGAUGCUGGGCGUGGUGCACGAGGCGGUGGUCUUCCUGCUGGAGCAGCUCUGCGGCGCCAGACACUGCCGCAGCUACCGCUUCCGCUUCCACAAGCCCGGGGACACCACCGCGCCCCCGGCCAACCCCCACGGGGCGGCGCGCGCAGAGACCCACCACAGGAGGUCUGCAUUCGACGUGUUCAACUUCCUGGCCUCCAAACACCGCCAGCCACCUCAGCACCGGCCACAGGAAGAGGAAGAGGAUCUCACGAUGGCCAGGCGUCUGUCCUUGGAGCUCCCCCUGGCCGUUAGGUUCAGCCAGCUUAAAACAACAUCCAAGGAGACCGUUGGGGUUUACAGAUCUCCCAUCCACGGUCGCGGGCUGUUCUGCAAGAGAACCAUUGAGGCCGGAGAGAUGGUGAUUGAGUACUCCGGGAACGUCAUCCGCUCCGUGCUCACAGACAGGCGCGAAAGGUUCUACGAGGGCAAGGGCAUGGGCUGCUACAUGUUCCGCAUCGACGACCACGAGGUGGUGGACGCCACGGUGCACGGCAACGCCGCUCGCUUCAUCAACCACGCCUGUGAGCCCAACUGCCACUCGCGCGUGGUCGCCGUGGAUGGCAGGAAGCACAUCGUCAUCCUGGCCUCGCGCCGCGUCCGCCCCGGCGAGGAGCUCACCUACGACUACAAGUUCCCCGUGGAGGACGCCGGCAGCAAGCUGCCCUGCAACUGCGGCGCCAAGAGGUGUCGCAGGUUCCUCAACUGAUGAUGAUGAUGAUGAUUUGGCGCCCGGCCCGGCUUCAGUAAGGGCCCCGGCUGUUAAGGACCCGAGCAGCAGCACUGGCUCCAGAGAGGAGCGUGCCACCAGAAGUGGAGGAAGGAGUUUGUUCCUGAUGACUCUUGCCGUUGGUUGAAGGGGCUGUUGGAUAUGAGCAAGACGACAAUGAUUGUGCCUCCUUUAUGAUUAACUUGACAUCAUUGAAAAUCUCAACUUUUCUCUGUAGUGGAAUUUAUAACAAUAGCCCCAUUUCUUUCCUUUGCUAAUUUGGCCAGUUCUUAAUUUCACCAGAAAGGUUGGGCCUCAUCAGAUAGGAUAACCUUACUUUGAACCCCAAUGCUGGAGAGCUUAGAGGUUCCAAUCGAAAGUCAAACAACAAACCGUGAACGGAAAGGAUCGAUUUUACACCAAAGUGCAAUUGUUGAAGGGCCUUAGGGACUUGGAAAGGAAUAUUCAGAGUUGUGUGUGUGUGUGUGUGUGUGUGCGUGCGUGUGCGUGUGUGCGCGCGCGUGUCCUGAAGCCUUCAGAGCUGUGGGGAUGUGUCACCAAUCCCAUACCCACCCAGACUCUGGUCUGGAGGAAAAGUCUGUAAAUAGCAGGAUGCCCAGGAGCAUGUCUUGGGAAGCCUGCAUGUACAGGUUGCAAUAGCAGAGGGGCAAUGGUCAUAGGAAGAAACUGAGGUAAAGGAGGCACCUCUGAAGAAAAAAAGUGUUAGUUCAGUUUCUUUGUUUUUGUUUUGUUUGCUUUAGAAUAACUUACCAGUGUAAUUCAGCCAGAGUUUGUUAGUCGGACUAGGUAGCUAGGUAGAGCUGGUUUUAAUGUUUGGAAGCUUCUGGCCUUGAGGAAGCUAGGCAGCUGGAGAUACUGGUGGACUGACUGCCAAGGGACGAGGGAACCUUAGAGUUGUGCUCAAAGGGGUCCCGUUAUGGGUCUAGUCGGUCUCCCCGCUGGGGCCGUCGCCAGGUAUUGUUAGACGUAGUACUGCAGGUUCAAGUGUGCUGUCGCUAUUAAGCUCAAGUCUUUGGAAGUUAAGGUUAUUUUGGAUUUCUAAUGACGUUCCAAAUUACAGCAGCAGAGAGAAACCAAACAUCAGCCCCUUGAAUUGAAUUCCCAUCGAGGUAUUUUUCCCUUCUUUUUAGCCAAUUGUUAUAAACUUUAAAAACUUUUUUUAUUUGUAUGGUAUUAAGUCUUUUAAAUUUCUUGUUUGUUAUCUGUCUUUCUUAAUUAUGGACAGGGAAAUAUCAUGCUUGCUUUUAAAAAGAAAUGUAAAUAAUGUAUAUUUUUCUACAGAAAAAAACUAAAAAAGCACUCACUAGUGAAUAGCACUUAAUGAUGGUAUUUAUAUUUUUUAAGAGAUUGUAUUUAUUUUAUUGCCAUUUUUGUAGGAAAUAGAGGUUUACAAACACUAAUGCUUGGUCUCUACGUUUUGUAUUCUGCUGCCUUUUCGAAGUUGUGUUCUUGUUUUGUUUUUCUUUCCCAAAUUGAUUUUAAUUAUUUUUAUUGUUUAAUUUGUAGCCUGAAUGUUUUCUUUAAUUCCAAAGACUGCCGUUGGUCUGUGGCUUGGUUCCAUUGAGUGCAGUCCACCAGUAGCUCUCUAUCCAAGGCCAUUUCGGUCGGGGCUGUGUUUUAUUCUUUUCUAUUCUAAUUCUCUAUGUUCCAGUUGUAGAGGGCAGUUCUGUUAAUAUGCACUCGAGAGGGAGACUUUAAAUUAUUGGUCCGUAUUAAAUAGGUGAAUAUCUCCUCUCUCCCGCCUUAAUGUCAACACCCAGCGUUACGCUCUGACAACAAGACCAACCUAAAAACAAUAAUGCUUUUCCCUGGCAGGAUAGGCUACACUGGUCAGAUCCACAUCUGUUCACAACUCAACGGUUUCCUAUAGAUUGUGGUCCCGUCUGCAGGCCCAGUUUAUAAUGAAGAGGUGCCUUCAUGUUAUUGAUGCAACGCAAAUAAAGAAAAGCAUAAGUCAUAUCUCCAGCCAAUUCAAACCACUUUGCACAGUGCAUGUACAAGUGAAAUCAGUAAUUUGUGUUUUGCCUUAGUUGUUUAAAGGGUCUUUUUUUUUUUUCCAUGUUUUGCUGGAUAAACUAAACCUAUUGUUUCUCGGCUGCUGAUUUAUUUUUAUUUUGCUAUCCUGGAGCCAACAUGCCAACGCGGCCAGUGAUCGUUCCCCGUUGGAUUUGCAUAUUUACCUGGUUGACCACAGACCAUUACUGGAGUUCAGCCAGCCCCCUCCCUCCUGAGCGUCCCCUCAUAGAAACAUUACGGACAGAACAGUUACACUUGCAGCAGAAGUGGAGCGUUUCACGUAGAAAGUCAAAACUGUAACGGUCCUUUCUGAGGGCUCCACCUCUGCACGUUUGUUAUGAUAGAGGCACUGAAUUACACAUAGGACGAUACUUCUCAUCCCUCCCGCUUAAGACCAAGCUGUUUUUUUCAACCCCAGCCGUAGGCCCCCCCCCCUAGCAAAGAGGAAAACUUAAUGUGGGAUAGGUCUUGACGGGGCCUGUGAACGUGGCAUUCAGGCCCCUAGUGAAGUGCACUUGACUCCCACUCCCCACGCUGCUAAGGCAGGGGCCGCGGUGUACAUCUAGCGGCCGUGCAGUGCAUAUCAGCCAGGCUGUGGUCCCCCACCGGCCAGGAGCAGUCAACACCAACUCUCACCGGGUGGUGUGAAUCAUGUUUCUGCAUCAGCAUUUUGCUUGCUGGGUUCUGCUGCUAAGAUACAACAAAAAAACAAAAACCUGAAUGUAUUAUCCUCCUGAGCAACAUCUGAGUUGUGGCGAUCCCUUCUGUGGGCUCCAUUUGUUCCACGGAGAGAGACUUUGUGUUAUCUGUGAAACAUGGCGGUCUGGGAAGCUAUGACAUGAACCCGUAGCGGGGAGGCGGCGAUGGUUUACGUUUUGUUUGUUUAAUUUAACCACUGGGGAUGUACUGACAUGACGGGUACAUCACGACGGCAUUUCUACCUACUCGUACCAACCGGUUUUUACUGAAUGAGGGAAUACGGUCAUUCAUACGUGUAUUUGGGGUGAGGGGGUUGCUAAUGCUAAGGGCUCCGUCUGUCCUUGGGUCUCCGCUUCAAACGCUUGACCAGUAAACCAGUAAAUAAUAACUAGCGACUAUAGCAUCUGUUUCCGUGUUCCUUAAUAAGCAGCUAUACAGUAAGUCAACAGCCUCUGUUGCAUCCUUGUCUUCAUUUUACCACGCCACACCAGUGGCUCUUCACCCACAUCAUCUGUAAUUAUACUAUAUAUAACAAUGAUAAUAUACAAAAUCAUGCAUAGUAAUUUCUUGUGCUUUAGUAUCUAUACAAUAUAUGGAAUGGACAGACAAACUUAGUUACAGUAGCAAAUCAUCAGAUUUAUGGUUAUUAGCAAUGUUUCAAUGUACUCUAUAAUGGUUUUUGUGUUACAGUAUACCUGAAUGAGACUAACGGUCGUCCAUCUUGUAUAGUGAUAUCAGUACCAAUUCUCCUGUGUCUGUGAAUGCACCUUCAACAUGAAAAAGGGGCUUUGCGGAUUACAUUUCUUACUUAGCUUUUUAUUUUUCCGGAAAGGAACAAUAUUUAUGUGAUGAGAAAUGUAACCGUUAAUGUGGUUGUGUACUUCUUGAGGUCAGCCAUGUUUGUUUUCUGAUUGUUGUAGUGACGGUUCUUUUUUUUUUUUUUUUUUGUCUGUUUUUAUUGUACAUUUUAUUUUUAACAGGGAUUUUGAAACUGCUUACUUGAUGUGUAUAAAUGGAGUCUGGUUAGUGGAGACCGACCAGUAAACGUAUGAAAUCCCAACCAAAAUGUUGCUUCAUUUUGGAAAACCCUUUGUGUCUCCCUUGCUGACUCCUUCCUCUGAAGCUUUGGUUGUACUUAUCAUGUACUAUUUUUAUAUAUAUAUUUUAUAUAUAUAUACAUAUAUAUAUGAUAAUACCAAGAUGAUAAUGUUGGUUAAAAAAAUACACUUACGUUAUUUAUUUUGAGCAACGGUCAACAAGCCAAAAUUGUUAUUUUUGCAAUCGACAUUUUGGAGCAGUUGAGCGAGUACUAAACAUUUGUUUGUAUUUUAACUUGUCAGCCUAGGAGGGAAUUUGGUGUCACACAGGAAGUGAAUAUUGGAUGAUACACAGGCUUGUUUUUAAUGCCUUGAAUAUACCUUUGUCUUAUCAACUUCCUCCUGCUCAUAAUAAUAAUAAUAAUAAUAUGACGGUCUUGUUUAUCAGUGUUCUCUCAAUACUCAUCACAGAAAUGAAGGAAAUUACAACAGUAAAAAAAAAAAGAAAAACCACAAAUAGGGUUGAAUGUAAAAUUAGGAAGCAAAGUUGUAAAUACAUGUAAAAAGAAAAGUUUCUAAUCAUGUUUAUUUUCUAUGCACUUUUUUAUUUAAGUGAUAGUUUAAAUAAUAAACAUGUGUCCUUUACUCUUUA